AGCUGAGGCAGCCAAACCGGGCGAGAAUGGCACCGCGGAGCCACCCGCGGCCCUGCCAGGUACCCCCGGCGAGUGGUGGCGUUUGAAGGAGUUUUUAUAGAAGUGCUGUGGAAGCGGGCAGGGAGCGAGCCAAGCCGGCGCUGUCUGCGAGCGGAGGCGGCGUGUGGGUGUGCGAGGGAUGUGCGCAGCGAGCGGCAGUGCAGCCCGAGCCCAGCACAAACAGGUCGGGGCUGAUGUUUAUCAGGGACUCUCAUCUCCUGAGCUGGUGAAUUUUUCCGUGCCGUGUCAGUUCUGCUGCGCGGAGCAGGAGCGCUCAGCCUGCCCUGCGCUCCGCGUCCGGGGAGUGCCCGGCCCAGCUCCGGGCCCCUCUGCCCGGCGAGCAGGACCUGGGGCUCCUGUCCCCGGCACCAGCCCGGACCCGUCCCCUCGCACCAACUGAGUCAAAAGUGACUCAUUUCCAACGGGGCUGCAAGCGCAGCGGGUGCGUUUGCAGAUUGGCUGGCGAGGCACAGCUCUGGAUGUAGGUGGCUGCGUUACACACUCCAGCAGCGCAGCUCUGCUCCGUGCUCCCUCCUCCCUCGCCCUCCGUGCAGGAUAGCUGCCUGAGCCCAGGAUCUGGUUCUCGCAGGCGCAGGGAGGCAUCUCAGCCGGCUGCGGUGGAUGUGGGGUGUGGAUGGCCCCGGCUCCGCUACUGAAGGGGCUCUGCACUGAAGAUGGAUGACUUGGCUCUCCUUGACCUGUUGGAGUGUCCCGUGUGCUUCGAAAAGCUCGACGCCACAGCAAAGGUGCUGCCGUGCCAGCACACGUUCUGCAAGCCCUGUCUGCAGAGGAUCCUGAAAUCCCAGAAGGAGCUCCGGUGCCCCGAGUGCAGGACCCUCGUCCUGUGCAGCAUUGAGCAGCUGCCCUCCAACCUGCUCCUCAUUCGCCUCCUGGAUGGAGUCAGGUGUGGACAAAACGUCACCAGGUUUGGCUCGAUCCAGAGGUCAGGGGUCCUGUCUUCCCCCGCCUCCAUCAGGAGAGUCCCCAGGGGACUACAGCUGCAUCAGCACCGGCUGGCAACGAACCCCAGGAUCCACAUGGAAGGGGUGCCCCGAGCCAGGGCUCUGUACACCUACCGCGGGCACAGCCCCGGGGAGCUGCGCUUCAACAAGGGGGACACCAUCGUGCUGCUGCGGCAGCUGGAUGAGAACUGGUACCUGGGCGAGGCCAACGGCACCAGCGGCGUUUUCCCAGCCAGCUCCGUGCAGGUCAUCAAGCACCUGCCCCUGCCUCGCCCACUCUACGGCCUCGACCUGCGGAGCCGGGACAAGGCGGAAAACAAGGACAGCCUGACCUUCCACAAGCCAAGCGCCCCCACUCAGCAGCUCCUGCAGGCCACCAAAAGCCACUGGUCCCCCCAGUUUAAGGGCGCGUCCCUGCGAACGGCGUCUCCCAAGGCCAAGGCUGCCGAUUCGGUGGCUUUCCCCAAGGUGCCUGACUCCAGACGGAAAAGUCUGCGGCAGUUCUCCAUCACCACAGCCCUCAACACCCUGAACCGCAUGGUCCACGCGCCCGCCGACCGCCCCGCACUGGAGAUCAGCUCCCCUGUGCUCAUCAGCUCCAGCAACCCCACCGUGGCCACCCAGAGCAGCGAGAAAGCGGAGUUCCCCUACGGGACCCCUCUCCAGGUCAGCACCUCUUACUAUCCCACACCAGCACCACUGGGGCCCCCGGCAGCCAUCGUCACCCUUCCCCAUCUGCAGCACCACGGGCCAGCUUACCUGUGCGUGGCUCUCCACUCCUAUGCGGCUCAUGGACCAGACGAGCUGGAGCUGCAGAAGGGAGAAGGGGUCCGUGUCUUCGGGAAGGACCAGGACGGGUGGCUGCGGGGCAUGUCCCUCGCCACGGGCAGAGUCGGCCUCUUCCCCAGCAACUACGUCGCUCCUCUCUUCAGGAAAUCUAGUCUCUCCGACUCGAAGAUGCCUUCCCUGUACACCUCAUGGACGCUGUCGACCUCCUCGCUGUCCUCUCAAGGGAGCAUGUCCGAAAACGGCCCAAGGCAGAGCAGAGCCCUGAAGCCGGUGCUGCUGCCCGUGCCCAUCCCGUCCCCCGGGAGGAGCGCGGCGGGACCGGCCCCGCUGCGGCGCGGCCGCGGCAGCACCAGGAAGAACGGAUCCCUGCAGAGGCCAGGGCAGGCAGGGACCCCCGUGCAGAUCACCGGCUCUCUCAGACGUCCUUCGGCUGCGGGGCGACCUCAGCACUUCCAGCUUUACCCGCACGUCAGCUCCCCACCCCACAGCAUCUCUCCCGGAGCUGGCAUGGACGAGGCAACGAGGCCAAACUUCUCCCAUGAGGCUUCCCCGGCGCUGCUGGUCAGGGGAGGGGAGAGCCGAACCCCCUCCGUGUGCAGCUCGGUGAUUCUGGACGUCAAAGACCCCCCGGUGAAGAGCGAGGCAGCUCCAAAGCCGCCUGCGUCAGCCCCGCCGUCCAUCCUGGUGAAACCAGAAACUUCCCGCAACAGCGCCGAAAAGCAAGUGAAGACGGUGAGGUUCCAGAACCACAGCCCGCCGCCGCCCAAGCGGCACAGCCUGCAGCCCUCGCCGAGCCUGCUCCGCAGCAGGACCGAGCCCGGGCCCGAGGGGCUCCUGCCCGAGGCCGGCCUGGGCCCCGAGCUGCUGGUGCUGUACUCGCCCCGACUGGGCUCCAGCCCCCUGCACCCGCGCCGGGCGCUGCACCCCAAGGCGCUGUCGCUGGACCUCUCGGGGCAGCUGACCUUCCCCAUCAAGAAGAGCUACAGCAGCAUCUCUGCAAACUGACCGGGUACCCCGCGCCUGCCUUCCUCGCCACACCUGCUCCUCUCCCUGCAUCAUCCCCCACUGCUCCCAGGGCCCGGUGUUCCAUGCCCCCACGCUGCUGGCACCCUCAGGACCUGCGAGUCUGGGACUUGCAGAGAACUGUGGAACCUCUGAGGGACCCCCCUGCCCCAGGGCUGCUCGAGCACAGGGAGAUGUGUCAGGGGUCUGUGGCCUCCACAGAACUGACAUUCCCCAGGGUUGCUGCCUGUACGGCACGACAGGAGCAGGGGAGGGGAGGAAAGUGUGCAGGUAUCAGAAAGAGUUACACUUGUUUUGAUCUCCUCAGGGCUGCAGGAAAGCCCACAGAGAUCAAACACUGUCUCAGCAUCUGCCUGUCUCAGGAUAAAGAAACCAUAAAUCAGAAUCAGUCAGCUCCUGGCUGAUGGUUCACACUGCCUUUGACGGGAGGGGGUCACUCAGAUUUUUUGUUAGGGUGGUUGCUCGCUUGCUUUUUUCAUUGGUUUUAGCCCAGGAAUUUUAACACAGAAGUCUAAAAGGUGAUUUGGAGGGGAAAGAACCAAUGCAAAAGGGCUUUGCCAUCACUGCAGUCACCCAGGCUCUGCAGUGAGGGCACUGAAUCUCCCUUCUCCUCGUGGCUUGUUUUCCUCUGAUCACCUGUCAGCUACCUCCUGCCCAUGAGCUCCUUCCAGCCCCUUCCCAGCACCCGCCCACUCAGAUGUGGCUGUUGUAAAUAUCUUAAGUGGAAUUCAUGGGUUUCAGCCUACAUUCAGAUGCAUGAAACGUUGUCUACGUAACAGAAAGCAGAAUUCAGAGUUCACCAUGCCCCAGGACCCCUCUCUGCCCUGGCAGCACCAGCUCUGGCUUCCAGCUUACCAAUCCAAGCAUUCUCCUGUGAAUCCCGGGAAAGCCAGCAGAGCCAUGCUGGCUCACAGCUGUGCCUGCUCUCCCUCAAACCUCUGCACAACAGGUUUUGGUUUCCAUACUUAGUUUUCAUUGCUGGUUUAUCCAUCAGCAGGUCCCACCCCAGCUGCAGGCACUGGCCCCCCACUCUCCUGACAGUGGGAACUGCGCUCCCUCCAAAACUGCCGUGAAAUCCCAUCCGUGGUUACCUGCACACAAGCCCAGGGAAGGAGCUCCAGUGCCAGUGGAAACUCUCUGAGGCCCUGGUACAGCCUCAGAGAAAGACAUUUUUUCCUGAAACUACACAAAGGGAAUGGAUUAAACAAUUCAGUAUGCCACAACCCCUGGACCUUCCCUCUUCCAGAUUCCCUCUGUUUGUGGAGCAGGAAAGCUGGGUCUGCCUGCGGGGAUUUUCAGCAACCUUCAAGGCACAGAUCUGUUCUCACUCUGUGCUCUCUGUCAGUAUUCCAGCUCCUGCAGAAACACCCUAACAAGCUGAAAACGUGCUGUGUGCCCAGGUAUAAAAGGUGGCAGCAGCUGCAAAAACAAGGGUGAGUCCAACUCAGCAAUGCCACCUCAGAGACAGCUGAAUACCUCGGGGGAGACGUGCUGGUCUUUUGCUGAGGACUCCUGUCAUCCUUUUAAAGCUGAACCAGAAAGCAGCUGGCUCUAUCGCUGAGACACAUCCACAUAUCCCAGCACUCAGAAGUGGACAGACUUGCACUCAGUGUGUCCAGGACCAGCCCGAGCAGUGCCUCACAGUGCUGGAUAGAAGGGGAAGGAGCCUAAUGCACCUCAUCAGCUCUUCCCUGCACUUUGACACUGCAGCGAGAGGCAGCCACGAGCCCCCGGCCCCAGGGCUCCAUGUCCCUGAGAGCGCUGGCCCCAGAGGAGAUUUGUCCUCCACCUGCCACAGGAAAGGUGGAAUGAUGAUGUUCAGUCUCAGGAGGGAAUUCUGCAAGGAAUUCCGCAGGGCUGUUCCGGUGGUGACUGGCUCCAGCGCUGCUGCACACUGUUCUCCUGGGAGCCUACAGUCCACAGGGAUGAGUCCCUGCUCAGUGAUCACAAGGAUCUAAUGGCCCCACGGUCAGAAAAGAGGAGCCAUUCAGCAUCAGACCUGCUCAGGUGUCACCAGCCCAGGGGAUGGCCAAGCUGCACAUGGGCAGGGACAGCUCCCCAGAGGAGGGGCCGGGGGCACUCAGUGUCCCCCAGCAUGACCCUGCUGCAAUCUGGUUCCUACUCCUCUUCCAGUUGCUGAGCCUCCGACAGCCAUUCCCAAGGGUCUUCCCUACACCCAUGUGGGCUUUUGCAUGGAAGUCAAGAGGAUUUUAUUAUAAUUUUCUUAACAUGCCCACAUGAUUCCAAGAACCUGCAGCUUUAGAAAUUGAGUAUCCCUAUCCUGGUAAGCUGAGAGUGACCCCAGUGUGCAGGAUGCCAGGAAUUCACUCCUCUCACUCCCCUGACAGUCCCGCUCUGCUCUCAGUAAAGGUCCAUUUUGUGAAACAAACAUCAGAAAUCCCCUGUCAGGGCAUGUGACCUCCCACUUUUCACCCACGCUGUAUCUUUAGUCCCAGGUGUUUCAAUGAACACUUGUGUCCAACAGUUUUAUUUCCUAAUUUCACCCUGUUUAAUUUUUCACAAGCCACCAAAGCAGAACAAGAACUGCUACAACUCCAAGGCUCUCCUCUAAAUUCAGAAACCCCAGGAAAUUAUGUGGAGAAAAGGGAUCUGGAAUGAGCAGGCUUUGCUGUCCAGCCCCUGGUUCCUCCAGCUGCAGCCAGCCUGGGAUAGUGGGGGGCCCAUCAGCCCCUCCCUCCCUCUGGGAACUAGGAAUGCAAACACUGGCUCCAAAACGUUUUAGUUGGAAACACCAGAGCAGCCUGGGAGUGUGUAAAAUCAUGCAUCUACCAUGCUUAGGAGGUUUAUUCAUUGCCCAACAGUCACUGCAGUUCGUUUGUGCAACGGCAUGUUUGAAAUGCAAUCACAGCUUAAGACUUUUCAGGCUUUUUGUCAUAAACUUCAGUAUCUGUCUCAUUUAAAAAGUAAUAUUUCCAUAUAUUCAUGAAACCAGUGUUUAGAACCCCAAACUGUUCAUGAAGCAAUGGGGGCAAAGUCCAUGGGAGCUCCUCAGGCUGAUCCCUUUGCACGUGUUCCCAAUGGGAAGUGGUGAUGGAUGAGACACUGCCUGGGGACCAGCACACAAGGGACCCCUCAGUGUCAGGGUGAGGAGGACUGUAAGGGUAAUGAAGGGGGGGGGAAAAGAUCUCUUUAUGCCAAAGUUACAGCCAAAUAGAUCUUAAAGGCAGAAGGGGUCAACAAAAGUUCCCUGAUCCUUUGCAUGACCAAGCAGGGAGUUCCAGUGAAAUGUUACAGCCAGGUCACCAUCAGUGAGAAACCAUAAAUUGCUAUUUUUACAUAUAUAUCUUAGAAACAGUAGGAUGUAUAACCUUUGCUUAGUUGGUGAUGGGUAGGAGGAAUAAAUCAAGUAUGUUUAGUUUAUUGUUCAGAGACACUUGUACAAAUUCAGGGAUGCUGAAUAUUUUUUCCAUGAAGUGAAGUUCAUUUUUUUAAAAGGUGUUUUCAAUUUAAGGUACUAUUUGGGAGAAAAGUCAAUAAACAAGAAGAGAUUAGUUUCCUGUUUUGUAUUAA